AUGUCAGGACGGGGUAAAGGCGGAAAAGGUCUGGGCAAAGGGGGUGCCAAACGGCAUAGGAAGGUGCUGCGUGACAACAUCCAGGGCAUCACUAAGCCUGCUAUUCGCCGCCUGGCUCGCCGUGGUGGGGUCAAGCGUAUUUCGGGUCUGAUCUAUGAAGAGACCCGCGGUGUGCUCAAGGUUUUUCUGGAGAACGUGAUCCGGGACGCUGUCACCUACACGGAACAUGCCAAGAGGAAAACUGUCACUGCCAUGGACGUCGUAUAUGCUCUGAAACGCCAAGGCCGCACUCUCUAUGGAUUUGGUGGCUAA